AUGAUGACGCUGCACGCCCCCGCGCCGCGCCGGCCCAUCCCGCUGCUGCGCCGCCGCGGCCACGCCCACUCCUCGUCGCUCUCCAGCAGCAGCGGCAGCGGCAGCCACGCCGCGCUCCUCGGCGUCACGUCCGCCAGCACCUUUGCCUCGGCGCCCGUCUCGCGCGCGCCCUCGUCGCGCAGCGCCGCGCCCGCCGCGGCGCAGCCGCCGUGCACGCCACCGCGCGAUGCUCGCCGGUCUAUCGCUGCGCAGCUCGAAGAUGCAGCGGCAGAUCAGGACGCCACGCCUACUCGCGCUCGCACAGUCGAUGCGUCUGGCUCUCUCUGCGCAGACCACGGCGAGCGCAUCGCUCGCGCCGCAUCGCCCGGGCUCCUGCCGCCGCUCUCGCCGAGCACGCUGCAUCUCGAAGCGCUGCGCCGUUCCGCCUCGCCUGCAGGCCGCACUGGCGGCGCCAGCGAUGCCUCCUCAUCCCGCUGCACCUCUGCGGCGCCCACUACAGCGCCCUCGUCGCCGGCGCCCAGCAGCGGCCUGGCAGCCAUGCACCCGCAUACGCCGCGCGCCGCCUUUGGCCUCGCCACUGUGCACUCGCCCAUCCCGCGCGACUGGACGCUCAACCCGCUGGCGCGUCGACGCCUCGACGCCGUCUUUCUCGAGGCCGAGACGCGCGCCGUCGACGCUGCCAAGCACAGCUCGUGAUGCUGGCUCGCCGCUGAGCACAGCCUGCGCUGCCGCCUCGCCACGCUUCGCUUUGUGAUGCCGCCUCGCCACUCUUCGUCUUCGUCACGACCUGCAUCUUCCCAGACUAUACCAGGCACCCGCGUCAUCGUCAUUCUUCACCCAGCGUCACUAUGUACACCCACACGUCUCUCUCUCAGCCCUUCUUGCCCCAGCCAAACUUUGCCGCCAAUCCAGUCUUGUCAUCGUACU